AUGACAGAACACAGCCCAGCCCCCACCCCAGCAAGGUCAUUGUACGGCUUUUUUAUGUAUUUAUUUAGUAAGAUUGCUCUUACUAUAUACUGCAUUUGGGCUACUGUCCCCGAUCACUAUUUACAUUACUUAAAUAUUUAUUAUUAUCCACAGAAAUAUUGGUCUACUGCUGUCCCUAUACAAUUUUUAGUAGGAUUGACAAUUUUUGCAUUUUUUAUAUAUCCAAGUUCCAAUUUAAUGCUGACAAGCACUAUUGACAGUUGUAACACUAUUGCUGGUCCACUAAGUCCUAACAACUUGAAAACAAAUGUUAAACAUAUAUCAGGAACUGCUUCCUGUGUUUGUGUUGAUGAACGCUAUUGUAUGAAGUUUUCUCACCCUUCCAUCAUCAAAAGAAAUACUGUUGCCCCAUUACAAGAUUUGAACAUUCAAUUUGUUUGUAGAAAAUUGUACUUGAAUAGAGGUGUUUAG